GAAUUAUGUUUAUUGUCGAUUGAUCGAGGUGCAUGUGGAGGCCGACAAACCCGUUAUGCUUUCAAUCGACAGACUAGCCAGUGUGUCCCGUUCGACUACACAGGCUGUGGAGGAAAUCUGAAUAAUUUCGUCUCAAUGAUGGACUGUAUGGCUACGUGCGGUAACGUCGGUUUCCGACGAUGA